AUGGAGCAUAGAGAAGGAUGGGGUGGAGGAUCAGCCGCGGCCGAAAACACUACUGACCGCUCGCAAGCCGAGAGAGACCGCGUGCGUAUUGAGUUCUAUGCCACGUACGACGUCAUGACGGGCGUGCGCAUAGCCGCCACACUUGGUGGCUUCUUUGCGCUGAUGGUAUUCCUUAUCGUUUACAAAAGCCGAAGUAAAUCCGUGAAGGCGUUAAACGAUCCGAAGAUCGUGGAACUGGCAGAAGCAGUAGUGGCAGAGGAGCAGGCAGUAGAAGCGGAGCGACAAUUGACGCUCGCGUUAGAAGAGGCGCUCUCUGAACGCGCUCGCUCACGGCCAUCUAUCGGGGAAGAACCGCCGUGGCCGAGGAGGUCACGUUUUGCAUCGUACGGUGGUGGCUACGGCAGCUUGUUAACGCCUCCACGACGAUUGUCAACGCUGCGUGGGGACUCGCUGCCCGGCUCCGCGCUACGGGUCUUGGAGCGACGAACCUCAACGUGCCGCGGGCCACGCGACCGGCGUUUAAGCUCUGCAACUUGCUCGAGUUCCGGCAGUUCGUAUCUAGAGCGGCGCGGGUCGUCGGUCGUUUGUGCGUUACCCGAGAGACGUCUAUCACCGUGUCCCAGCGAGCGGUUAGCGCCGCUUGCGUCCGCAGGAAGUGUGGGUCCAUCGUUCGCCAUGGACGGAGACCUGGCAUCAGUGGGCCCGGAUUCAGUGUUCGAGGAAGACGAUGAUUCUACGGACGACGAGGUGGAACAGUUCUCGACGGACAGUGGCGGUGGGGAGUGUACGGAGCUGUCUUGUCGGCCAGCGCAGCCGCGUCACGACCGGGCCUCGCACUCCCGCGAGACUCUUUUCUAG